AAUCCACACAAGCGCAGAUAUGGCGGAUCUCUCUCUGGAUGAAGUGAUUCGUCGCCGCAGUUUUAACGCUAGGGGAGUCAGUAAGAGGCCCAUAUAUGGCAGAGGGGCUGGGUCAGUGGGCAGGGCCUUCGAUGCCCGUCAGAUGAUUGGCAGCGGUGAUGUCAGACAGCGGCUGGGAGGGGGCGGAGCUACAGGAGGUAAACGCCGGAGAUUGGCGCUAGCUCUGGUUUACUCGGGGAUCUGGCCCGUUGUUCAUGGCUCUGUCUGUGCAGCGUUUCAGGUGAAGGACGCUCGGGAGAAGCUGGGACAGAAGGACGCUCGGUUCCGUAUCCGGGGUCGAGGGGGCGGGGCCGGAGCCGUUCAGGAUGCACGACAGCUGAUAAACUCACGCAAACAGCAGCAGACUCCGCCUCCGAGCGCGACGCCCGUCAAACCCGCGGGAAUCCCUCACGUGCAGAUCCACAACACUGGCCCCGUCUCGGUCGGGCCCCGGCCCCAGAGCGCCAGAGUGGGUGUGGCCCUGCAGCCAGGGGGUGGGAUCACGAAAGUGGUGGACGCUCGUGAUAGGCUAAGCUUAAAGAGGAGUGUCCCGACAGCAUCCAAUCAGAGCGCGGCGUCUCUGAAAAUCACCAAAACCAUUCAGCAGAGGCCCGUGGGAAUGACCAGCGGGAUCCGCAUCAAUGUUCCCAGCGCAGCCGCUCCGGUCAUGUCUGCUGCUGAGGAAGAGGAUGGAGCUGUGAUUCCCAACAAACAGAUGAAGAUCACCACAGCCAACAACCUGCAGACACGAGCGGGACCCGUCUCUCUCUCGACUCCCAUCACUAAGGUGGUGAAGAACGACUCUUACACUCCUCCGUCAGUCCCUGUGCCGCCCGCUCUCCCCCCCACACAGAGUCUACAGCCCAUCAGCAGAUCCACCGUCAGCACGCCGCAGAGCAGCGGAGACAGCAGCGGUCCCCGCACACACACCUGCACUCAGCCUGUCUUCAGUCCUCUGGAGGGCACAAAGAUCACGGUGAACAACCUUCAUCCUCGAGUGACGGAGGAGGAUAUAGUGGAGCUGUUCUGUGUGUGUGGUGCACUGAAGCGGGCGCGUCUGGUGAAGGUGGGUGUGGCCGAAGUGGUGUUUGUGCGCAAAGAAGAUGCAGUCAACGCCUACAGGAAGUACAACAACCGCUGCCUGGACGGUCAGCCGAUGAAGUGUAAUCUUCACAUGCAGGGCAGCGUGAUCACGUCAGAGCAGCCCAUCUUACUGAGGUUGAGUGACUCGCCCGGCGGUGCAGCAGCGGUUCAGAAGAGCACCUCGUCUCGCUCCGGCUCAAAGUCGUCUUCGGGGCCCGAGGUGGACCCUCAGACCAUCCUGAAGGCUCUGUUCAAGUCUUCUGGUCAGAGUGGCUCCGGCGGGGCCGAUACGAGCGGCCCUCACUCCACCGCCUUCCGCAUCAAGAUCUGACAGGACUUCUCCGAGCGGAGCUCCUCGGUUCUCGGAUCCCGCUUCACUUCGCUUUUAAUUCUUUCUCUUUUCUUCAGUAAAGUUCUUCCUUUAUAAUCA